GAGAAAAUUACAGUAACCCGUCAUGUUUGUGGCGUCGGCCGUCCGUGCGAGUUCCUUCGUUUGACCGCCAAGCCUCUAUUGGUUCGUUUUGUGUUUGUAGGUAGCUGCUGCUACCCACUUACGGUAGCUAAGCGACAAUAGCUACCAGGAUUGCGGCCUCCAUACACACCACCGUAGCGCUCAUCUCACUGCGCUGCUGCUACUGUUUCCGAAAUACUCCCUUGGACCACCGCGAUAAACGACUAGGUAAACAUAGCAGACGUCACAAAUGCAAAGUUGCAUGUUUCGGAUGACGCCGCUUCAUCAGCGGUUCCAACUAGCGGUUGUAUCGUCUGCUAAGCUGUUGUAAGCGAGGAGGAUGAGGGAGAGAAGGAAAGGCGGGAAAUUCUGAUUUGGCCUCGAUGUCGAUCUCUCAAUUUGAGACCGACCCUCGCCACACGAUUCCUCCUCACCAGUAUGUUCUGCUGGACGAUCGUGGUGGCGCCAAGCCAGCUCGAUCCACCGCUAUUAAUACUAUUACGACUAGCAGAUGUAGGUGAGAGAGUUCCAGCUAACCGAUGUAAUCGUAGCGCUUGCGCCAGUAAAAGACAAAUGUAAAAGUCCUAUAGACGAGUCCUCCUGCGUUUGUUGCGUUGUCUUGUCUUGUCUUGUUUAGCUGGAUCUGCUGUAUGACUAGGCAAGGUCGCUGUUGGAAACAACCUUUCAAUUUCUAACUAAGUAUUACACACCGCCUAUUGAGGGACAGUUAGUGAUCAACUGGUGGGUAUAAUAGUGACAUAUAAGGGAAAACGAAAUUGAUUUGGUUAACUGUUGGUUGUAAACGCUAGUACGUGUGGCAUCGGAGAAAAUACUGGCGUGUAUGUGUAUUGUGUUACGGUAGCCAAAUCGCAGAGAGAAACGUUUAAUAAGUUACUAAAGUAAAAAGAAAUGCCGGAAAGUGCUGAAAAACGACGCGUGCUUUUUGUUUGCCUUGGCAAUAUCUGUCGGUCACCUAUCGCUGAGGCGGUGUUCAACCACAUCUGCAGACAAAGGGGUGUCUGCGAUCGGUGGGAGGCCGAUAGCGCGGCGACCGGCGCUUGGCACACAGGAAGUGCUCCCGAUCGAAGAGCGAUGAAGAUUCUGGCAAAUCACGACAUUAUUUAUGAGCAUCGCGCGAGGCAGCUGUGCGACGAAGAUUUCAAUAAGUUCGACUUCAUAUUUGGGAUGGACAACUCGAAUGUUAGCAUGAUCAAAGAGAUGGCUCCGUCGGGCAAGUAUCGUGCGUCGGUAGAACUGCUCGGCAGUUACGACCCAAAGGGUCACAAGAUUAUUCGCGAUCCCUACUAUGACAGCGGAUCAGCUGGCUUCGAGGAGGUGUUCGAGCAGUGCAAACGAGCCUGCUCGGCCUUUAUUGAGCAGCACAAGUGAUGGCACAGUCUGCGGCAGCCACAACCAAAAUUUAACAGCUUGAGAGAUUUUUGAAUAUGUUUUCAUUACAGUUUGCAAACCUAAUUGUAUCAUGGGGAAAAAUGUUAUCGAAAUGGGACAUAUCAUCUAUUAGACCAGUAUAUUUUUUACCUUUGAAUAUCAGUAUUAUAGUCUUGUACAUUAAGUUGAUUCAACCGUUUAGUUAAUGUAUGCCUAUUAGCCUGGUGCUGCAUUAUAAUGGUUAAUAGUAAUGGUAUUUGGCGAAAAUAAACCUUGCAGCCACCACUAAAGCGCCUUGAAGAGCUUCUAAUUUCUCACAGGUUUAAUUUACAACGGUGGUGGGUCGCAAAUGAAUUAAGUUUUAACAAUUUAUUUUUUUUUAUCUGUUGCAUAUCUAGAUAUCCAUUGUGUAUAUAAUAUAUUACCAGAGCGUUGGUGUUGUCGGUACAUGGCUAGUCAUCAAGCUCAUGCCAUUGGCCGCAAUGAAACUCUCUUACUUACUAUACUGGCACUAGCCAACUCCCAAAAACCUCGAAUUACUUGUUAGUGUAAGUGAAUGUAACCAUUCAUAUAGGCGCUACUAAUCACUAACCUUCAACAAUUGUACCUCCCUCUUCACAAAUGCUCUGCGAUACCUCCCAGCAACGAAAGAUGUACGUGUCCUUUGUGUUACGUGUAAUUGUGUCAGCACAGAAUCCCUCCAAUACCACUAUACAUGUAUACAGCGGUGUCUCUGAAUCUUUUCUCUUUUUAGUGCUGAUUGAUAAUUUGUUCAUAGCAAAAACCUAAGCGGGAAUAGUUGAUCGUAACUUUGGUCACACAGCGGAAAAUAGCGAUACGCUGGCGUCAAUGUCAAUUUUUUGAAUCAUAUCAGUUGAAGCAAUCAACGUUAAUGGCGAUCUCUAAGCUUAAUAGGAAAUUAAAUAAGGGUUGUCUAGAACAGCUGAUCUACCUGCAGGCAUAUAAAUAUACAUAUAUGAUAAGCGAACACUGUUCUACGUUUGGUCCUCUGCUGUUCUUCACCGAUAACAAAAAAAUGAAAAGAGACAACGUGAUAUACAAGUAUCGUUUUUCUAUCUAUAAGCCGAUUUCGUUCUGUCGAUGUAAGACUAGUGGUCAAGACAACCUACGAAACACUGGGUAUAGACUGAUAUACAUUAUGCAGGGGACGGUCGCUCUAUUUAGGAAUCAAAAUGAUCUUGUGACAACCUCGUCAGCAAUAAGCGAACCUAAAUCUGAUGCACAGGCUGUGUGUUGUAAAGAACUAUAUAGGAUUAUAUCUCUCCGUGGAAUAGCGUAGGUCUAUAUGAGGAACAUAGUAAUAUAACGAUAAUAUAACAGCACCAAAGACAAGAAAGCCAAGUUUUAUCACCAACAAGAUUUUUUCGAGUAAUCUACUAUGAUAGCUGUUUUAGAAAUCAUAAUAUAUGAUUAUAUGUAUCAUGCGGGGGCGAGCAGAAGUAGAUUUCGAGUGUUAGUCUAUUUUUGUCCCUCCGUAUAUAUAUAUAUGUAAGGCUGGUAGCAUUAUUUUAAUUAUAAUGAUAUUCAUUAACUCAGUUAGCUGAGGAAGUAGUAGAAACCGUGUGUGCGUUUUUACGUAUAUGUGUAUCUACGUUAGAGGCACCCAGGCGUGUUUGGCUAGUUUUGAAAGAGACAGAGAUUAUAUAAUUUAUAUUGACAUAAACACACAUAAAGUGAUUCGACAACGACGAGAUCAUCGUCGCCCAAAGGUAACCGCGCGUUGAAGAAUGGAAUGGACGGGAGCUCGGAAGGUGUCACACAAUUUUGCUUUUGUUGCACAUUGUAAUAAAUGUCUAAUCAUAUUUA